AUGGGAUGUAGUGAUUCAAAGAUAGAGGAAGAGGAUUAUAUUCUUCCACCAACAGACCCAGAAACAGAAGCAAGAAACCCUGUUGUCUUUACUAAUAAUGCAAAUCCUGAACCUCCUAAACGAUCCAGAUCUCAAUUAAUACCGUCAAUUAAACAAUUUUCUGAAAUUGAUUCUCAUGCUCGAAGUGUACCAGAUGAUGUCAAGUUAACACCACCAACUUUAGUGAAAUAUCUUGUAGAACCAUGUACAAGAGAUUUAGAUGUAAUCCGAGUAUUUUAUGUUUGGAUUUGUUCCAACAUCAGAUACGAUGUUGAUGUAUAUAAUGGUAAGAAGUCACCAAGUAACGCUCCUCAAACUGUUUUAAACAAAAAACUAGCAGUGUGUCAGGGAUAUAGUGAGUUAUUUGCCCUUUUCUGUCGAAUGGUAAAGAUUCCAGUGAAAGUAAUAACCGGACAUUCUAAAGGUUUUGCCUAUAAUGCUAAUCGUCGUAUAACAGAAGACACGGAAACAAAUCAUGCCUGGAAUGCCGUUUAUACUCAGGGCGAAUGGAGGUUUAUUGAAUGUACGUGGGGAGCUGGAAGAAUGAACGACGACGGAAAAUGGGAAAAGGCGUAUACUGAUCGUCAUUUUAUGCAGGAUCCCGAUAAAUUUAUUAAUGCCCAUUUUCCUCUGUUGGAGAAUGCUGAAGAAAACAGCUCCAAAUGGCAGAUAUUGAAAGAACCCAUCACUCUAGAGGAGUUCGCUAGUAGAAUCAAACUAUAUGAAGCUGCUCAAGACUGGGACGUUGAUUUCCAUCCACAUAAACACGUCCAAUUAGAAACCAAAGACGUGAUUGAAAUCUUCGUUAGAGCUAAAAAUGUGCCUUUAACUGAUGUUGGCGCUCACAUGUAUGAUAGAGAGGGUGAGGCGUAUGACACUUACCUCAUGGUUCAAAGACUUCCAAAUCACGUUUUUAAAUUAACAGUAAAACCUCCCAAAUCCACAAAAUAUAAAAUCACUAUACUUGGUCGGAUAUCACCCGAGAACGACGGAGGCUAUGCUACUCUUGUUGAUUAUAUGGUGGAGGGGCAAGAUAUAUCAGGACCUAUCGAUCCUUUCCCAGACCAUUUUGGUGCUUGGGGAGUCCGAGAUCCGACUAAGUUUGGAAUUGACGGGAGUAUGACAUAUCGUACAGUGUUUGCGUCUGAUUCGGGAAGGAUGAGUCUCCCCAUUAAAACAAUCGGUAACAGCAGAUUUACCCAUAAGCUCGUCCAUGCUGAAAAGGCCAUCGAAGAUGCCGACGAUUUCAUAAUUCGUGAAUUUCAGAAAAAUCUUAUGGUCUUACACAUAAGGUUUCCUUUCAAAGGUUUUUAUACUUUAAAAAUUUACACCAAAUCCAACUCGUCAGAUCAGAAAAUGUUUACGCACGCUACCAAUUUGCUUAUCGAUUGUCAUAAUCCCGCAGACAUUGGCCCAUUUCCUAAAACGUUUGCUGAAACUGAUCGUCAGGAAUGCAUCCUUCUAGAACCAGGAGAGAAAGAUGUACCAGCAAACACUGAAGUUGCGUUCACAAUUGAAUCUCCUAUUUUACAAUGCGCUAUGGUCAAAUCGUCAUCAGGCUCUACUAAAAUGCAAGGUAACAAUAAGAAUGAAUGGAGUGCGACAGUGACUACCCCGGAUCCCGGUGAAAAAAUAACAAUAUAUGGGAGUGAAACACCAGAUCGAUAUUUAGCUUUGUAUCAAUUUCGAUCAGAGAAAGAUCCACUACCAAGUACCAGGGCUAAAAUAGAAACUCCUAAAUCUCAGACUCAAAGUGAAUUUCAGAGCGAAGACGAUUUCGAAUUUAAGAACUUGGCAGAUUCCAAUUUAACUAUAGACUAA